AUGAACUACUCGCCGUUCCUUCGGAUCUGGGUCUCCGUCCUCUUCGCGCUGGUGCAGCACCGAGUUCAGCCCAGGGAGCUCAUGUACCCAUUUUGGCAGAAUGACACCAAAACCCCCAAAGUGGACGACGGCAGCUCCCCCGAGAUCAAGCUGGCCAUCCCCGUCUUCUUCUUCGGCGUGCCUUACCGCACCGUCUACGUCAAUAACAACGGCGUCGUCUCCUUCAAUGUGCUGGUGAGCCAGUUCACGCCCGAGUCCUUCCCGCUGACGGACGGGAGGGCCUUCAUCGCCCCGUUCUGGGCAGAUGUGCACAACGGGAUCCGCGGCGAGAUCUACUACCGAGAGACCACGGACCCGGCCAUCUUGAAAAGAGCCACCAAGGACAUCAGGAAGUACUUCAAGGACAUGGCAGCCUUCUCGGCCACGUGGGUCUUCAUUGUGACCUGGGAGGAAGUCACGUUUUAUGGCGGGAGCAGCACCACCCCUGUGAACACCUUCCAGGCCGUCCUGGUGUCCGACGGCUCCUAUACAUUCACGCUCUUCAAUUACUACGAGAUCAACUGGACCACGGGGACAGCAAGCGGCGGGGACCCCCUGACAGGUCUCGGGGGAGUGAUGGCACAGGCAGGGUUUAACGGCGGGAACCUCAGCAACUUCUUCAGCCUGCCGGGGUCCCGCACCCCCGACAUCGUGAACAUCCAGGAGACCACGAACGUCAACGUCCCCGGCCGCUGGGCCUUCAAAGUGGACGGGAAGGAGAUCGACCCGGCCAACGGCUGCACCUCCAGAGGGCAGUUCCUGCGGCGAGGGGAGGUGUUCUGGGAGGACGUGAACUGCACCAUCAAGUGCCGCUGCCUGGACUUCAACAAUGAGAUCUACUGCCAGGAGGCCGCUUGCAGCCCCUACGAGGUGUGCGAGCCCAAAGGCAAGUUCUCCUCCUGCAGCCCCGUGGAGACCGGCACCUGCGUGGUGUUCGGGGAGCCGCACUACCGCACCUUCGACGGCUUCGUCUUCCAUUUCCAGGGCUCCUGCGCCUACCUGCUGGCCCGGCACUGCGUGCGGGCGGCCCACCUCCCCUUCUUCAGCGUGGAGGCCAAGAACGAGCGCCGGGCCGGCAAGGCCGUGUCCACGCUGAGGGAGCUCUCCGUGGAGGUGAACGGCUACAAGAUCCUCAUCCCCAAGGGGAGCUACGGGAGAGUCAAGGUGAAUGAUCUGGUGACUUCUUUGCCCAUCACCUUAGACUUGGGGGCCGUGAAAAUCUACCAGAGUGGCAUGUCCACGGCCGUGGAAACAGACUUUGGGCUCUUGGUGACGUUCGAUGGCCAGCACUACGCCUCCAUCUCCAUCCCCGGCUCCUACACCAACUCCACGUGCGGGCUCUGUGGGAACUACAACAAGAACGCGCUGGACGACUUCCUCCGCCCGGACGGCAGGCCGGCCAUGUCCGUGCUGGAUCUGGGAGAGAGCUGGCGCGUCUACCACGCCGAGUGGCUGUGCGACUCGGGCUGCGUGGACAACUGCACGCAGUGCGACGCGGCCACCGAGGCCCUGUACUUCGGCCCCGACUACUGCGGCUUCCUCAACAAGACGGACGGGCCCCUGUGGGAGUGCGGCACCGUGGUGGACCCCACGGCCUUCGUGCACAGCUGCGUGUAUGACCUGUGCAGCGUGAGGGACAACGGGACUCUCCUCUGCCAAGCCAUCCAGGCCUAUGCCCUCGUGUGCCAAGCCCUCGGCAUUCCGAUCGGAGACUGGCGCCUCCAGACUGGGUGUGUGUCCACGGUGCAGUGCCCCAGCUUCAGCCACUACUCCGUGUGCACCAGCAGCUGCCCCGACACAUGCGCGGACCUCACGGCCUCGCAGACCUGCGCCUCGCCCUGCACGGAGGGCUGUGAGUGCAACGAUGGCUUCGUCCUCAGUGCCAGCCAGUGCGUCCCGCUGCACGAGUGCGGCUGCGACUUCGACGGCCGCUACUACACUCUGGGGGAGUUCUUCUGGGCCACGGCCAACUGCACGGUGCAGUGCCUGUGCGAGGAGGGCGGCGACGUGUACUGCUUCAACCGAACCUGCCGUGCCGACGAGGUGUGCACCGUGGAGCAGGGCCACCGCGGCUGCUUCCCCCGGCGCGAGACCGUGUGCCUGCUCAGCCAGGACCAGGUCCUGCACACCUUCGACGGCGCCGCCUUCGCCUUCCCCGCCGAGUUCUCCUACACGGUGCUCAGGACCUGCCCCGAGCAGCCCGAGUACCUGGAGAUCGACAUCAACAAGAAGAAGCCUGACGGAGGGCCCGGCUGGCUGCGAGGCCUCCGCAUCCUGGUGGCCAACCAGGAGGUCAAGAUCGGAGGGUUCGGGGCCGCGGAAGUCAAGGUGAACGGCCAGGAGGUGGAGCUGCCCUUCCUCCACCCGUCGGGGCGGCUGGAGGCGCGCCGGCUCCAGAACAGCACGGCGGUGGCGGCCCCGGGCGUGCUGAGCGUGCAGUACUGGGCGUCGGGGCUGCUGCAGGUGCGCCUGUCCACCGUCUACUUCAACUGCACCGGCGGCCUGUGCGGCUUCUUCAACGCCAACGCCAGCGACGAGUUCUGCCUCCCCAACGGCAAGUGCACGGACAACCUGGCCGUGUUCCUGGAGAGCUGGACCACCUUCGAGGAGAUCUGCAACGGCGAGUGCGGCGACCUGCUCAAGGCCUGCGGCAACGACUCGGAGCUGCUCAAGCUCUACCGCGGCCGCGCGCGCUGCGGCGUCAUCAACGACCCGUCCAACAGCUCCUUCCUCGAGUGCCACGGCGUGGUCAACGCCACCGCCUACUACCGCACCUGCCUCUUCCGCCUCUGCCAGAGCGGCGGCAACCAGUCCGAGCUCUGCGACGCCGUGGCCCGCUACGCCGGCGCCUGCAAGAACGCCGACGUGGAGGUGGGGCCCUGGCGCACCUACGACUUCUGCCCUCUGGACUGCCCGGAGAACAGCCACUUUGAGGAAUGCAUGACGUGUACGGAGACCUGCGAGACGCUGGCCCUGGGCCCCGUCUGUGUGGACAGCUGCUCGGAGGGGUGUCAGUGCGACGAGGGCUACGCCCUGCAAGGCAGCCAGUGCGUCGCCCGCAGCGAGUGUGGCUGCAACUUCGAGGGGCACCAACUCGCCACAAACCAGACCUUCUGGGUGGACCUGGACUGCCAGAUCUUCUGCUACUGCAACGGCACGGACAACAGCGUCCACUGCGAGACCGCCCCCUGCAAGGACGACGAGUACUGCAUGGAGGAGGGCGGCCUGCACUACUGCCAGCCCCGCACCGAUGCCUCCUGCAUCGUCUCAGGCUACGGCCACUACCUGACCUUCGACGGCUACGCCUUCGACUUCCAGACCAGCUGCCCGCUCAUCCUGUGCACCACGGGAAGCAGGCCGAGCGUAGACACAGUCCCCAAGUUCGUUGUCACGGCCAAGAACGAGGACCGGGACCCAUCCCUGGCCUUGUGGGUCAAGCAGGUGGACGUGACCGUGUUUGGCUACAGCAUAGUGAUUCACAGGGCCUACAAGCACACUGUGCUGGUCAACAAUGAACGGCUGUAUCUCCCUUUGAAACUGGGACAAGGGAAGAUAAAUAUCUUUUCCUUUGGCUUCCACGUAGUGGUGGAGACAGAUUUCGGCCUGAAGGUCGUGUAUGACUGGAAGACCUUCCUGUCAAUCACAGUCCCGCGGACCAUGCAGAACGGCACCUCAGGUUUGUGUGGCCGCUAUAACGGCAACCCCGAUGACGAUCUGGAGAUGCCCAUGGGGCUGCUUGCAUCCAGCAUCAAUGAGUUUGGGCAGAGCUGGGUGAAGAGGGACACCUUCUGCCAGGUGGGCUGUGGGGACCGCUGCCCCUCCUGUGCCAAGGUGGAAGGCUUCUCCAAGGUGCAGCAGCUGUGCAGCCUGAUCCCCAGCCAGAACGCGGGCUUCACCAAGUGUCACAGCAAAGUGAACCCCACCUUCUUCUAUAAGAACUGCCUGUUUGACUCCUGCAUCGACGGGGGCGCGGUGCAGACGGCCUGCAGCUGGCUGCAGAACUACGCCAGCACCUGCCAGACACAGGGGAUCGCCGUGACCGGCUGGAGGAAUUACACAUCCUGCUCCGUCACCUGCCCGCCGCACAGCCACUACGAGAGCUGCGUGAGCGUGUGCCAGCCGCGCUGCGCCGCCAUCCGCCUCAAGAGCGACUGCGGCCACUACUGCGUGGAGGGCUGCCAGUGCGACGCGGGCUUCGUGCUCAACGGCCGCAGCUGCAUCCCGCCGCCCAGCUGCGGCUGCUACGCCGACGGCCGAUACUACGAGCCCAAGCAGCUGUUCUGGAACAGCGACUGCACCCGGCGCUGCCGCUGCUUCCGGCGCAACCUGAUCCAGUGCGACCCGCGCCAGUGCAAGUCGGACGAGGAGUGCGCGCUGCGCAACGGGGUGCGCGGCUGCUUCAGCACCCGCACCUCCUACUGCCUGGCGGCGGGCGGCGGCGUCUUCCGCACCUUCGACGGGGCGUUCCUGCGCUUCCCCGCCAACUGCGCCUUCGUGCUGUCCACCAUCUGCCAGAAGCUGCCCGACAUCUCCUUCCAGCUCAUCAUCAACUUCGACAAGUGGUCGUCCCCCAACCUCACCGUCAUCUCGCCCGUCUACUUCUACAUCAACGAGGAGCAGAUUCUCAUCAGCGACCGCAACACCGUCAAGGUGAACGGCACACAGGUGAACGUCCCCUUCAUAACUGGGCUGGCAACCAAAAUCUACAGCAGCGAGGGGUUCCUGGUGAUUGACACCAGCCCCGACAUCCAGAUCCACUACAAUGGCUUCAACGUCAUCAAAAUCAGCAUCAGCGAGAGGCUGCAGAACAAAGUGUGUGGCCUCUGCGGCAACUUCAACGGGGACUUAACCGACGACUACGUGACCCUGCGGGGGAAGCCGGUGGUGAGCAGUGUGGUGCUGGCCCAGAGCUGGAAAACCAACGGCAUGCAGAAGAGGCCCCUCGCCCGCAGCUGCAACGAGCUGCAGUUCUCGCAGUACGCGGCCGCCUGCGACAACGUGCACAUCCAGAGGCUGCAGGGCGACGGCUACUGCCUGAAGCUCACGGACAUGAAGGGCUUCUUCCAGCCCUGCUACGGGCUGCUCGACCCGCUGCCCUUCUACGAGUCCUGCUACCUGGACGGCUGCUACAACCACCGGAAGCUGCAGCUGUGCGGCUCGCUGGCCGCCUACGGGGAGGCCUGCCGCUCCUUGGGGAUCCUCAGCACCGAGUGGAUCGAGAAGGAGAAUUGCUCAGGAGUGGUGGAGGAUCCCUGCGUGGGGGCCGACUGUCCCAACCGGACCUGCGAGCUGGACAACGGCGGGGAGCUGUGCGGCUGCAUCGAGCCUCCCCCCUACGGGAACAACUCGCACGACAUCAUCGACGCGGAGGUGACCUGCAAGGCGUCCCAGAUGGAGGUGUCCAUCUCCAAGUGCAAGCUCUUCCAGCUGGGCUUCGAGAGGGAGGGCGUGCGGGUCAACGACAGGCAGUGCACGGGCAUCGAGGGCGAGGACUUCAUCUCCUUCCAGAUCAACAACACCAAGGGCAACUGCGGGAACAUCGUGCAGUCCAACGGCACGCACAUCAUGUACAAGAACACCAUCUGGAUAGAGAGCGCCAACAACACGGGCAACAUCAUCACCAGGGACCGCACCAUCAACGUGGAGUUCUCCUGCGCCUACGAGCUGGACAUCAAGAUCUCCCUGGACUCCGUGGUGAAGCCCAUGCUGAGUGUCAUUAACCUGACAGUUCCCACCCAAGAGGGCAGCUUUACCACCAAGAUGGCGCUCUACAAGAACGCCUCCUACAAGCACCCGUACCGCCAGGGCGAGGUGGUGCUGACCACGCGGGACGUGCUGUACGUCGGGGUCUUUGUGGUCGGAGCCGAUGCCACGCACCUGAUCCUGACGCUGAACAAGUGCUAUGCCACACCCUCCCGCGACAGCAAUGACAAACUCCGCUACUUCAUCAUUGAAGAAGGGUGUCAGAACAUUAAAGACAACACCAUUGGCAUCGAGGAGAACGGGGUCUCCCUCACCUGCCGCUUUCACGUCACGGUCUUCAAGUUCAUCGGGGAUUACGACGAAGUCCACCUCCACUGCGCAGUGUCCCUCUGCGACUCGGAGAAGUUCUCCUGCAAAAUAAACUGCCCGCAGAAUUCCAGGAUUGCCACAGAAUAUACCAAAGAACCUAAAGAGCAGAUCAUUUCCGUGGGACCCAUUCGGAGAAAAAGGCUGGACUGGUGUGAGGACAACGGAGGGUGUGAGCAGAUCUGCACCAGCCGGGUGGAGGGGCCCCUGUGCAGCUGUGUGACGGGCACCCUGCAGGCGGACGGCAAGAGCUGCCGAGCCUCUAAUUCUUCCACCGAGCAUCAAGUCUGGACACUGCUUCUCAUCAUGACCCAGAUUUCAUUGUGGCAUUUUGUGUAUAAAUCAGUCACGACCUCAUAAUUAACUCAAGGUUGCUACAUGAAGUACUGUAAUUUACUUUUCCAUUCCCUGUAGGAUAAAAGGUGUGUGCCCUUAAAACCUAUUUGAAAGUGUCCAGAAUCUCAACAGGAUGCCACCUGCCUCAAAUGAUCAGAGAUCUGGAGAUGAGUGAAAUUCCAAACUCCUCUUUCAAAGUACACAACACGGCUUCCAAAGCCAGUUGUGGAAAGCAUAUAUCUUGGUUAAAAUUUUCAAACGGUUGUCACUAGAAACCAAUUCACUCAACCAGUAAAGGACAAAAUUCUGGUUAGAAACGUCUGACUGGAAUCUGAUCAGAGAAUCUGUCCAGCCCGUGCUGUUUCCGGAUCAUCGGUUUUGCGAAGGGGGAACAAUGUGGAGAAGCAAUGGCUGGAGGACGACUCCCUCUGAGAACUCUUUCUAAGUUGGCAAGUGUCUGAUCUCUGACCUGCAUGUUGCUCCCUCUGUAUGAUGAGCUCCUUCCCUGCCCUCGUGUCCUUCAGCCUCGCCGGCAGCCUGGUCACUGGGGAUGUUGUUUGCAGACCUUGGGAGCCCCACCCCAUUCCGUUCCCUCAGA